UCUCUCUCUUACACUGUGCUGUUCUUUCCCACCCCAACCCGAUUCCUUCUCUAUAUAGGUAACCUCCUCUCCCUUGUCAAUCACGUCUCCCCUGGGGUUUCUCCUCUUCGUUGCUUGAUGGCUCGAGUUCUCUCCUCCCGAGCCCUAAUCCGAUCGCUGGAGACCGUGGGGCUGCGCCUCCUCGUGCUCCUCCCCUCCCUCCCGCCCGCAACCCGCCUGCUCGGCCUCCGCCGACGCUCCGGCCGUCCCUGGAGGGUGCACGUCGUGGAGAACGAUCUCGACGCUGAGGGAUCCAGCACGGGAUCCGGGACGGGUGAGGCUGAUGCCCUCAGAAAACGCCGCGUCGAUGACGCCAUCCAUAAUAUGGUAGUCCGCCGGUACGCCCCCGAUUGGCUCCCCUUCGUCCCCGGUGCCUCCUACUGGGUCCCGCGCCAGAAACGGCCAUACCGCGUCGCGGAGCUCAUCGCGGGUCUCGUGGACUCCAGGCUUGCGGAUCCCGAGAUCAAGAAUUCGCCGUCGGAGGACGAGGAGAUGUCGUUUGCCACCGAGCGCGGUUGGCCCUCGUCGGCCUACUUCCUUGAAGAUUUAUCCCCACAACAGAUGAGUCAGCUUAAGGUGCCGAAGACACAAUCUGAUGAUGAAGACAGCUGACUGUUUAUCUGGUACUCCAAGGGCUCUGCGACAAUGUGCAUAGUGAUGUGCCAACAACAACACCGACUCAGCAGCUUCACACUGGACAGGGGAGGUGGAAGCUUUUGGUAGAUUAACCCACCAAUGCAAACAUAUGCUGAUGUGCUAUCGUCCCCUUUACACCCUUGCAAUGACGAUUAAUAUAACUUAAGCGUUAUUUGUUUCUGAAUAAUAAUGCCAUAUUUUAUCCAUUUGUUCUUCUAUGAAAUCCUUAAAUGUUCAAAAACUACAAUGUUGGCAUGUCAAGGGACUUGAGAGAAUCUUAACUCGGUAGCUGCUGCACGUAUUGAAGCUUUCACUUGGAAUAGCCAGACACUUGCAACAGUUUACAACUUCAUGUGUAGAUUUGUGUCGGAGUUUGUUGGUCUAUAUAAAUUAUUUAUCCA